ACAAUUUUAAGAGUUUAUACUGCUUAAACUGGUUGUCUCUUUUUUAGAUUUAUCUGCAUUUAUCCAGCAUAUUUAAACAACAAGAAGACAAUAGCAGAAGGAAGAAGGAUACCUAUAGACAAAGCUGUUGAAAAUCCCACAUCUACUGAAAUUCAAGAUGUGUGUGCAGCAAUUGGAUUCAAUGUGCUAUUAGAGAAAAAUAAGAUGUAUCCUAGAGAGUGGAAUCGUGAUGUGCAGUACAGGGGUAGAGUACGAAUUCAGCUCAAACAGGAUGAUGGCAAUCCGUGUUUACCUCAGUUUCCAACACGUAAAUCAGUGAUGCUGUAUGCUGCAGAAACCAUUCCCAAACUGAAAACAAGAACUCAAAAGAUGGGAGGUAGUGAUCAAAGUCUUCAACAAGGAGAAGGAGGCAAGAAAGGUAAAGGGAAGAAAAAGAAAUGACUCCACAUCUGAAAUAAUUGUAAUAUCUAAUAGCUGUACUUACAACAAAUAUGGAUGGACACGUUACUUAAUGCAAUUUUGAGGUGAAAGAUACAGGAACGAAACAGGUCAAGACAAAUAGAAGUGCCUCCUUAUUUUGGAGCUGGAAUGCAUGUAACUGCCUUGUGUCUGUGUAACAAUAAAUCUAUCUUCACACACAAGUCUGCAAGUCUGAAGCUAACAUUCAGUUUUGAAAGUGGAACAACAUAAGUAAAUGGGAGAAUAAUUUUUUCCAAAAUUAAUAUGCAGAUUUUUAAAAAUAAUAAUAAGUCUUAUGCAGACUAGAUAAGCAAAGAUUUUUCAAGUUGGUUAAUCAUUUAUCUAUGCUAGUUGACUGAUUAUCUUGACUCUGGAGGGUCUGUAUCACUAAUAAAAAAUGUAAAUCAGUAAAAUUAUGACUUUGUAAACUUUCCUUCCUAAUCAUCUUUUAUGAUUGUCAGUGUACUAAUAAAGAUGGCACAGUAAUUUUGAAAUA